AUGCGCCAUACCCCUACCGUGAAAACAAGCCAUAGCAAACAUGUUAUCCGACAGCCCAGCUUCAAAGACCGCAUCAUCAGAAAGAAGAAGAAACACACCGACGGGGAGCCUGAACGAGCUAACUCGAUUGACCACGCGAUCGACGAACUGGCGCAUCGUGUGACACGGAUGAACAGCGUCGACUCCGUCUCUCCCCCGAUAAGCACGCACUCCAGUCUCAAAAAUGAUUAUACUUUCAACACAGACCCUCCUACGAAGAUGAUGCGGCAAGAUGCACCGCCAUUGUCUCUCCAAUGCUAUCAACAGUACUCCCCACAGACGCCCCGAAGACCGUCCACUUCGAACAGCCGUGAACAAAACGCCCCCUGGCCGCUGACGGAAUAUCCAAGAGCGUCGCUCGAUACGCCAGCCAUCUCGCCACUGCAAAGGAUGCCCUCGGACGGUAGAAACAGAAGUCAGUCCGUCUCAACAGCGUCCACCCACGCAUCAGUCCACAGGAGGCGAUCCUCGGUUGCCGUAUUAGACGCAAACCCUUUCCCAGCUCCCGCCAGACCGUUGCCGCCUGUUCCACCAUCAUUCUUUCCUACCUCGCGCCGUCGUGAGUCGCCCAUUGAUAUUGACGUCUCUUCUCCAUCUUCAGGCAGGUCCUCACGAGUCGGAGGCUCGGGUAGGUCAUCGCGCGUCGAAUAUACCUCCCAGUCCCCCCAACAGUCUACGAUGCCUCCUCCAUCUAGGAAAGCCCCUAGGCGGCCGCCUCGACCAAAUACCGGAUUGGAGGUUGGGUUCAACGUGAUGUACCGCAAGCAGCUCAUUCUGGACAAGAAGCGAAAGGGGGAAGAGGUCAAUUUGAUUGACAUUUCCAGCUCCGGAGCCACGAUUGCCGUCAAGGAAGGUAAAAAGGCCAUUCGAUUCUGGGAUGUGAUCCGCGAUGAUGUGCUCUCUGUGAUCAAAAUAUCAUCUUAUAUCGAGGCUGGGACAAGAUCUCGCGAAUAUCUCGUCCGCAGCCAUGUCGUCAUAUCAGAUAGCGCAAGGCUGGCCGCUGUUUCUUCUCGAUUUGGCAGAACCCUUGAAAUCUGGAACUGGGAGGAAAGGAAGAAGCUCCAGACGAUUGAUAAUACAGACCGAUGGGUGACGGGCCGGUUCGAGACCUUUGACGGAUGGUGGACCCCCUUGGCUGCGUAUAGGGGUGAGGACAACGUCAUCGACCUUUACGCCGCGACAAAGCACAAGAAGCCCUUUGCAAAGGUGAGAAAUAUUGAUCUUUGCAAGGCCGGGCUGCCAUUCAUUCCUCAAUACCCCGAGCUUGCGGUUUCGCCCACGUCCCCACUUCUAAUCGCGGCUUCGGGGCCCCGUACAGCCAGAGCAGGCCGUCCGCCACCCAAACGAGAAGCAAUUAUAGUAGCAUGGGAUAUAUCUGACUACAGAGAGGUAUCCAACGACCCGAUCGGGACGGUUGAUCCAUGGCUUUAUCCAGAAUUAGAGAUGGCCAUACCCUGCGCGUUGGAAACGUUUGAGAGCCUCGUCGUUUCGAUCUGGAUUCCACCCAGCCAGCGUGCGUACAAGCAAAGCGUCCCGGGAUCACAAGAGCUAGAAUGGAAACUAGCUCCCAUAGACGUCCCAACCCGCUAUGUCUUCGUCUGGGACCUCUCCAAAGGCUCGACUAACCUCUACGGCAUCCCCAACACGACAAGCUGCAUCAGCCCCAACUGCCGAUUUGUUGCGUAUAGUACCACAUCCAGGAACGGGAGGAGCCAAGUCAUGAUUUUGGACGCCAGCACGGGGCAGGAAAUGUGGUCCAUGGAUGGGGUAAGGAGAUGGGGCAGCGAGGAAGAUGAAUCAGACGCCUUCGGCAAGAUCACCUCGCUGGCGUUUUCGAGCGACGGCAAAAUGCUGGUCAUCUCGGACGCGAAUGGAAGCACAUUCAUCUUCGAUGUGCUGGAACGUGUUGUUGGACUGUGA